UUGCGGCACCUAGCGGCAGACGUAGCAACUUACAGUAAAGCGCAGCAUCCUCAGCUGUCACUUUUAUCACAUGAAAACGCCUGGACGUGUUUGUCAGUGCAGAUGAGGAGUUAGAUGUCGUCAUUUGUUCAUAAACAAAGCAGGGGAAUAAUGGCUGCACAGGAGCCGUCUCCACCAUCUUCCCUGGAAGGUAACAAACCGGGCUUCCCAAAGAAAAUUUUGGCUAACAACCUGGAGGAUAAGCAUUUGUGCAACUCGUGUCAGAAAAUCCUGAGAAGGCCCCUGCAAGCCCAGUGCGGUCACCGCUUUUGUUCGUUCUGUUUCAACAAAAUUGUGAGUUGUGGACCACAGAAAUGCAGUGCAUGCAUCAAAGAAGACCUGUUUGAGGAACCCACCUCGAUCCUUAAGCAAGGUGGUGCUUUCCCUGACAAUGCAGCCCGCAGAGAAGUGGAGGCCUUGGCAGCUGUCUGUCCCAAUGAAGGAUGCACAUGGACUGGAACUGUCAAAGAAUUUGAGGCCAGCCACGAGGGCAACUGUGACUUCAUGAUCAUCCUCUGUCCUUCCUGUAAAGAGCUCAUGAGAGCCAACGAGCAGGAACGCCACAAUGAGAGAGAGUGUCCGGAGAGAACGCUCAACUGCAAAUACUGCAAAGAACCCUUCCUGUUAAAGAAUAUCAAGGCUCAUGAUGAGAUCUGUCCAAAGUAUCCUAUGAUUUGUGAAGGUUGUGCGAAGAAAAAGAUCCCCAGAGAAAAGUAUGUGGACCAUAUUAAGUUCUGCAGUAAAUUUAAAGCUCCAUGCAGAUUUCAUGUUGUUGGCUGCGAUACGUCUGUGGAGAAAGAGAAGAUCCAUGACCAUGAGCGCCAGUGUUCGUAUGAACACCUUAACCUGCUUCUGCAUUUCAUCAUGGGCAUCAAGGUGAGCCUGGAGAGCCUGCAACCCCAAAGCCUGGAGGUGGCCAGCCAGAAGCUGCAGGAGCUCCACCAGUCCCUCAGGGAUCUGGAACUCAAGAUGAGCCAGCUGGGUGGGUGUGUUGCAGCUCCCGUGCAGGGAGCAUGUGCCCCGACCCUAACCACAUCCUUCACCCCGCUGCCCAGUGCCAUGGGUGCCGCUUUGGAACUGCAGCUACAGAGUGAAAAAACCAAAGUGGCUGAGCUAAGCCGGCGCUGCCAGGAGCUGGAGCUCAAAGUGAGCACUUUCGAAAACAUUGUCUGCGUCCUCAACCGCGAGAUGGAGCGCUCCUGCACCACCAUGGAGGCCUACAACCGCCAACACAGACUGGAUCAGGACAAGAUUGAAAUCCUCAAUAAUAAGGUUCGUCAGCUAGAGAGGACGGUGAGCCUGAGGGACCUGUCCAUUGUGGAGAUGGAGGGGAAAAUGAGAGAAAUGUCCGCAGCCACUUAUGAUGGCAUAUUUGUCUGGAAGAUCUCUGAUUUCACCAAGAAGAGGCAGGAUGCUGUGGCUGGCCGGGCCCCUGCUAUGUUCUCUCCUGCCUUUUAUACCAGUAAAUAUGGCUACAAGAUGUGCUUGCGGAUCUACCUGAAUGGUGAUGGGACGGGGCGAGGCACCCACCUGUCUUUGUUCUUUGUGGUGAUGAGAGGACACAGUGAUGCACUCCUCAAGUGGCCUUUUAAUCAAAAGGUCACCCUCAUGCUGCUCGACCAGAACAACAGGGAGCACAUAAUUGAUGCCUUCAGGCCUGACAUUUCAUCCUCAUCCUUCCAGAGGCCUGUCAGCGAUAUGAACAUCGCCAGUGGUUGUCCGCUCUUCUGUCCGCUCUCAAAGCUGGACUCUAAAAACUCCUAUAUACGUGAUGACACCAUUUUCAUCAAAGCCAUUGUAGACCUAACAGGCCUUUAGGUUUGAACUGACCUACUUUUUUACAGAAAAAAGAAGUGCCUGUACCUGUAGUGUUUUUUGUUGUUGUUGUUGUUGUUGUUGUUUUUUUUCACGAUCCCAUUAGGAUAAGAAUGUGCUUUUCUGUGAGUUCAAACUCACAAUAUGAUGCUUUUGAUUUGUGCGGUGUAUUUAUUUAUUUACUUUUAAUUCAGCAUUUUUUGACCUUCCUUUACGUGGCCCCUUUAAGAGAUGUGAUAAAACUUAAAUGACUUAAGAAUGUUUCUCUUUACAUACAUAAACUAGUGAAUGUUAGAUGUUAUCUUUAAUUGAAAAUGAGGUCAGCGCAUUGUAACUUGCGGCUUUUGGCAUCUGCACCUAAACACAUCGGCAUGUUUUUAAACCUGUCAAAGGACACUGAUACCUCUCUGUGCAUGAGAUGUGUCAGUAGGAAAAAAAAUACAUGUAUCACUGGUUCAUAUUGUAGACCAGCAUUUUAUUUUUUUAUGAUUUCUUGAUAUAGUAUAAAACAUAUGAGUGUGUGUGAUCUAAUUUUGAUGCUGUGCUCAAGUUUGAAGUAUGUGUGAGUUAACCAUAUCUAAAUAAAACAUAGAUUUUAUUUAUUGAAGAAGUUAUAUGUUGAGACAGUUUAAAAGCAUGCGUUAGCUGAUGGUGACAAGAUGCAGCUGCGGUCUGACCUCAGCAGCUUUUUUUGCUUUCUGGUUAUUUCAGAAACAUAUUUCCUCUGUUAUUCUCUUUAGAAUACAUUGGUAUUGUUGCACAUUAUGUAGAUUACAUUUUGCAUGUGUAACUGCAGCCUCAAAUGAAUUAGCUGCUACAUUUGUGUGACCCUCCAGUGUGCGCUGAUCGGAGCUCAUAGAUGCAGCCUUGCAAGCACUAUGCGGACAUUCAUAUUUAAUCUUACAAAAUGUGCGACCUGAUGUGAGCCAGGACUUCAAAUUUCUUCUUAACAAAAGGGCUUCACAUUUCCUUUCCAUCUCCUAAAUGUCACAUGCAUACAUACAUAGACAUGUCCAGUUUUGGUCCAGCUUCUAGCUUGAACUGUUUAAUAGAGAAAAAAAAAAAGAAAAAAAGAAACCUUCACAGGCUGGGGAACAAAGUCACAUUUGAGCAGAUUGAUGUUAUGCUGUAUCAGCGAUACUGACUUGUAGGAAAUGCCACACUGCCUCACUGUUAUUGCAACAGAAUAAACACUAUGUCGAUGUGAUGUGUGUACUUCAAAUAACACUUCAGAGCUGACAAACUAAACCAGGUUGGUUUAAAUUAUUUACAUAUCUGUUUCUCUCUUCGUGGAUCCGAAGCCCAUGUUGAGAUUAAGAUGACGAGCUUUCAUCUGUAGCAAUGACAUCAAACUGCAGUCUUACUUGUUGUUCUCUCUGCUACAUUCUGUGGAUAGUAAGUCAUGUGUUAGUAAACUCUUUGUACUACAGGAAAUUUGUUCCAUAUUUGUAUUUAAUUUUGACUUAUUAAAGGUUUUAAGAUGCCCUCUA